UGAUUUCCAAUACGAAGAAGUGCCACCAGAGGAACAAAGCGAUUCCGAUACUCUGGUGAAUUCAGCACCAUUGGCUGAAUUAAAAGAAAUACCAGCAGAUCCCAAUUUUGACGACGACGACGACCAAGGAGGAGAAGAGGCGACACAGCUUCAAAAAAUGGAAGCAACAACGACAGCAACUGCUCCAAAUGGAGCCGAAACAAAUACCGAUACUACAGUGGCCAAACCAUCAUCCGCCGAAGAUAGCAUUUUCUCUACAAUGUAUGCUGUAGCCAAGAAGGUUGCUAUUGUAGGCUCCAUUUAUCUUGUGGGCUAUAUGGGUUGGUCUGUAGCAUGGCUUAUUGCUCCCGUUGUUCUCUCUGUGGCUCGUGAUCGUUUUCGCAAAAGUACCGAACACAAGCGAAGCAUUGCGAAGGCAUCGGCCUUGGCCUCAGAGAAGGAAGUUAUUAUGGCGCGCAUUGAUGAGUUGCCAGCUUGGGUUUAUUUUCCCGAUGUAGAACGCUGUGAGUGGGUAAAUAAGAUUCUCAAACACCUUUGGCCCAAUGCCAAUCAUUAUGCCCGCACUUUGGUCAAGGAAACGAUUGAACCCGCCGUGGCCGAAUCUUUGGCCAAUUACAAAAUGAACGGCUUCCGUUUUGAUCGCAUUAUUUUGGGUACCAUCCCACCUCGGAUUGGUGGCGUCAAGGUGUAUACCCAAAAUAUUGGACGCAAUGAAAUUAUUAUGGAUCUCGAUCUCUUCUAUGCCAGUGACUGUGAUAUUAAUUUCUAUUUGGGCGGUAUGAAGGGUGGUAUUAAAGAUUUCCAAAUCCAUGGUUGGGUGCGUGUGGUUAUGAAACCCUUGAUCCGUAGCAUGCCCUUGGUUGGUGGUUUGCAGAUUUUCUUUUUGAAUAAUCCAAAUAUUGAUUUUAAUUUGGUUGGUGUCAUCGAUCUUUUGGAUAUGCCUGGUUUGAGUGAUUUGUUGAGAAGGAUUAUUGUGGAACAGAUUGGUAAUAUAAUGGUGUUGCCGAACAAGUUGCCGAUAACUUUGAGUGAUGAAGUGCCAGCGACUUCAUUGAAAAUGCCUGAACCUGAGGGUGUUCUACGCAUCCAUGUCGUCGAAGCCAAGGAUCUGAUGAAAAAGGAUAUCAGCAUGUUGGGCAAGGGUAAAUCCGAUCCCUAUGCCAUCAUCAAUGUGGGCUCUCAGGAAUUCAAGACACAAAUUAUUGACAAUAAUGUCAAUCCCAAAUGGGACUUCUGGUGUGAGGCGAAAAUAUUUGCCGAAAUGGGUCAAUUUGUUGAAUUCAAUUUAUUCGAUGCUGAUGAAACGGGCAAAGAUGAAGAGUUGGGAAGGGCAAGCGUUGAAAUUAUCAAUGCGGUGAAGCGGGGCGUUGUGGACACUUGGCUCACUUUGGAAAAUGCCAAGCAUGGUAUGCUCCAUGUACGCCUGCAAUGGUAUAAACUCACCGCCAACCCAUUGGAUUUGCAAGCCGCCCUGGCCGAAACCCAACUACUACGUGUUGCCUCCAUGAGCUCAGCUGUGCUGAUUGUUUUCAUUGAUUCCGCCAAGAAUCUCAAACAGGCUCGCAUAAAUUCCAAUCCUGAUCCUUAUUUGGUGUGCAGUGUUGGUAAACAGAAGCAACAAACUGGCAUGAUUAUGCGUGACAAUUCACCCGUGUGGGAGCAAGGUUUUACAUUCCUUGUGGGAAAUCCUGAAAAUGACACCCUACAAAUUAAGAUUUUCGAUCAGAAGACUGGUAGUGAAAUUGGACAAUUUGGUUAUGUCAUUGCCACCCUGCUGCGUAAGGAGAAUAUGGACAUCGUCUCGCAGCCUUUCCAAAUACAAAAAUCUGGACCCGAAUCGAAGUUGAUUAUGUCACUGUCAUUGCGUAUUUUGAAAAAGGCUGAGGUCAUUGAGGAUGGAGAAACAUCAGAGGCCCCCGUGGCGGGGGAGAAUAAAUUGGCCCGGUCCAUAAGUAAAACAGCCAGUAUUCAGGAACCAUCAUCGCCAAAGGAAUUACAAUCCCAAUCUAGUCGCAUUUCUGCCGAUACCCCCCUCAGCGAGGAGGAACCCAAUCUAAAAGUCUCUAGUCCCACGAAUUUACAAUCCGUUACCCCACCACGUAGCCCCAAUCCAUUCUCAGCUAAUUUGGUAGGCGGUGAAUCGGUGUUGACACAUCGUGUUCCCGAUCUCUCAGCCUCACCGGGAGAACAUGGUUUGGGUCGCAUUCUCCUCACCAUCCACUAUUUGGCUCAACGUCAAAAACUAUUCGUAACCAUUCACAAAAUUAUGAAUAUCCCUAUGCGUGAUCCCUCCAAUAUACCCGAUCCAUAUGUUAAGCUAUAUCUACUGCCUGGUCGUAGCAAAGAAUCGAAACGUAAAACCGUUGUCAUCAAAGAUAACUGUAAUCCGGUCUAUGAUGCCACAUUCGAAUAUUUGAUGUCGACUGCGGAACUGCUGCAGAGUGAAUUGGAGGUUACAGUCUGUACGCAAAAGGGAUUCUUUGGUAGUCCCAUUAUUGGAAUGGUUAAAAUCCCUCUCACAGAUCCCGAAGUCUCCGGCAAUGGCCUUAAUACUUGGUUUGAUUUGCAACCUGAAUUAAAGCACGACUAA